CAUUGCUAAUUUAACAGUGUCAUCUAGUGGUAGAUUGUCUUGAAUCUUUGCUGGGGGCCUUGAUAUUUUUUUUUCAAUAUGACAUUUAUUCACAUAAAUUUAUAAAUCAUAACAUUGGACAUUGAUCACAAUUGCUCAUCUUGGCAGUACUGUAAUGAUUGAAGUUGCUUGAAUACAACAGACUGCUUUGAGUGAUAUUAUCUUGAUCAAGUGUCAGUUGAAAAUCAGGAUGAAUCCAACAAUCUACUGGUCACAAAAUGUUGAUCAAGUAUUCUUGACAAUUGAUGUAAAUGAUCCCAAGGGAACUGAAAUACAAUUCAAUGAAUCGAGUAUGACAUUUGAUGCUUAUACAAGUACAAAAAAUAAUGAUCUUGUUAAUUAUAAUUUUACACUUGACCUACAUGAAUCAACAACACAUGAGAAUAAUGUUUAUGAAAUGAUUGAUCAUAAACUUCAAUUUUGGUUGAUGAAAAAAAUACCAGGUAUAUGGCCAAAGUUAAUAAAAUCUGAUGAAGUACCAUCAUGGCUAAUUGAAGAUGCUGAAAAAUCUCGACAAAAAAAUAGUAAAAAAUCAGGAAAAACAGGUGAUAAAAAUAAACCAUUAAAUUUUGAUGAAAAACUUCAUAGAGAAUUUUUAGAAAAACGUAAUGUUCAUGAAGAUUAUCCUCAAAUGUAUGAUAAUCUUCAUAAACAAGAAAUGGGCUACAGAAAAGAAGAUUUAAAAAAAGUUUAUCUUGUUAUUUACAAUUUGUGUCAGUUGGUUGCUUUUCUGUAUGUCUUGGUUAUCAUGACAAUACGUUAUUCUCGUGAAGGACCAGAAUCAAUGAAAGAAACUUAUUCAAGUGUUGGAAGUAUCAUGAAAUUUGUACAAAUAUUACAAUUUCUUGAAGUAAUGCAUCCAAUGUUUGGCUACACCAAGGGAAAUGCAUUUAUUGCAUUACUUCAAACAAGUGGUAGAGCAUUUAUAUUAUUUUGUAUGAUUGAAUGUGAACCACGUAUGCAAACAAAACCAGUUGUAUUUUAUGUUUUUUAUGUUUGGGCAUUAGUCGAAAUAUUUCGUUAUCCUUAUUAUAUAACACAAGUAUUAAAUGUUGAUAUACCAUUAUUAACAUGGUUGAGAUAUACUGUUUGGAUACCACUUUAUCCACUUGGUUUUCUAUUUGAAGGUAUUAUUGUACUUAGAAAUAUUCCUUACUUUGAUGAGACCAAUAAAUUUACAGUGGCUCUACCCAAUUCAUGGAAUUUUGCUUUUCAUUUUCCAACAUUUAUGAGACUUUAUUUAUUGAUACUCUGUAUACCAGGAAUGUACACAAUGAUGUCACAUAUGAAUAAAACAAGAGCAAUUAAAAUUGGCAAAAAAGAUAAACGCAAAGAAAGUGAUAAAAAAUUAUCAUAAAAAAAUAUAUAUACAUUUGUUUUCAAGUCUCUCUAUUAUUAUCAGUGUAUAAACAAUUAACAAUAUUAUUUAUUUAUUUUAUAUUAUUAUUUAAAUACUGCAGGGAUAUAAUUUAUAAACAAAGUAAAAAAAAAACAACGUACAUUUAUGAAUAAGUAUUUAUAUAAUAAAUUAAUUAUUAUUUUGUAAUUUAUUAUUGUUAAUAAAACUAUCGCACAUAUAAAAAUAAUA